GGCGACGGCGGCGGCGGCGUCUGCAGAGCGGCGGCGAUGGCGAGGCUGGUUGCGGUUUGCAGGGACGGGGAGGAGGAAUUCCCCUUCGAGAAGCGGCAGAUCCCCCUCUACAUCGACGACACGCUCACGAUGGUGAUGGAAUUUCCUGACAACGUUUUAAACCUUGAUGGACAUCAGAACAGUGGUGCACAACUAAAGCAGUUUAUUCAGAGACAUAGUAUGCUCAAACAGCAAGAUCUCAAUAUAGCCAUGAUGGUGACAUCACGUGAAGUCUUGAGUGCUCUUUCUCAGCUUGUCCCAUGUGUUGGUUGUCGUCGCAGUGUGGAACGUCUCUUCUCCCAACUUGUAGAGUCUGGAAAUCCGGCCUUAGAACCCCUUACGGUAGGGCCCAAGGGAGUCCUCUCAGUUACUCGAAGCUGUAUGACUGACGCGAAGAAGCUUUACACGUUGUUUUAUGUACACGGGUCCAAACUAAGUGACAUGAUAGAUGCGAUUCCAAAAAGUAAGAAGAACAAGAGAUGUCAGCUGCAUUCCCUAGAUACGCACAAACCCAAACCUUUGGGUGAAGGGAGCAGUAGCAGUGUCAGUUCAGAGAAGUUAAGUGCAGAUAAGAAAAGUAGUGAAGACAACAGGAGGGACAGCAGGUGUAGGAUCAUUUUCCAUUAUGGACCUUUCCAGGGAGCAGCCAGAGGUUGUUGGAUGGAUGUUUGGGAACUCAUGUCCCAGGAAUGCAGAGAUGAAGUAGUUUUAAUUGAUUCUAGCUGCCUUUUAGAAACAUUAGAAACAUAUCUACGAAAGCACAGGUUCUGCACAGACUGCAAAAAUAAAGUCCUUCGCGCAUACAACAUUCUCAUCGGUGAGCUUGACUGCAGCAAAGAGAAGGGCUACUGUGCCGCACUGUAUGAAGGCCUACGGUGCUGUCCACACGAGCACCACAUCCACGUGUGCUGCGAAACAGACUUCAUCGCUCACCUCUUGGGCCGGGCCGAACCAGAGUUCGCAGGAGGGUAUGAGCGGAGGGAAAGGCAUGCUAAGACAAUAGAUAUAGCCCAAGAAGAGGUGUUAACCUGCCUGGGUAUCCAUCUUUACGAAAGACUGCAUCGAAUCUGGCAAAAACUCCGAGCUGAAGAGCAGACGUGGCAGAUGCUUUUCUAUCUCGGGGUUGAUGCUUUACGUAAAAGUUUUGAGAUGGCUGUGGAAAAAGUACAGGGUAUUAGUCGAUUGGAACAGCUCUGCGAAGAGUUCUCAGAAGAGGAAAGGGUACGAGAGCUCAAGCAGGAAAAGAAGCGCCAAAAGCGGAAGAACAGACGGAAAAAUAAAUGUGUCUGUGAGAUUCCUACUCCUUUGCAAGCGGCAGAUGAGAAAGAUACAAGCCAGGAGAAGGAAGCCAACUUUGUGGAGAGCAGCUGCAAAGCCUGCGGCAAUACAGAAGAGAGUAACGGUUGCGUAGAAGUAAUUGUUACCCACGAAAGCUCUUCGUGCACCUGUCCUAGUAGUGGCAAUCUGUUGAGUUCUCCCAAAAUCAAGAAAGGUUUAUCUCCGCACUGUAAUGGUAGCGACUGCGGCUAUUCAUCUAGCAUGGAAGGGAGCGAAACGGGCUCUCCGGAGGGCUCGGAUGUCGCCUGCACCGAAGGCAUCUGUAACCAUGACGAACAUGGAGAUGACCCUUGCGUUCAUCGGUGCGACGACAAGGAGGAAGAUGGCGAUAGCUGCGUGGAGUGCUGGGCUAAUUCCGAAGAGAACACAAAAGGAAAGAACAAAAAGAAGAAAAAGAAAAGCAAGAUUUUGAAGUGCGACGAACACAUUCAGAAACUUGGAAGCCGUAUUUCGACUCCGAGUAAUCGAGAGAGCUCAGGAAGUAACGUGCACACAGUGUUUCACCGUGACAAGACCAAAGACCUGCAUGCCGAAAGCUGCUGCGGCUCAGAUAAGAACGGGCAGCAGUUGCCUUGGUUUGAGCAUAGGAAAAAUGGACCCCAGUUUCCAGAACCCGCAGAGACAUCCGUCAUUCCCGACUCCGGAAAAGGUGCCAAGAGCUUAGUGGAACUCCUUGAUGAGUCUGAAUGCACUUCAGAUGAGGAAAUCUUUAUCUCGCAAGAUGAAAUACAGUCAUUUAUGGCCAACAAUCAGUCUUUCUACAGCAAUAGAGCACAGUACCGACAGCAUCUGAAGGAGAAGUUUAAUAAAUACUGCCGCUUAAACGAUCACAAGAGGCCCCUUUGUAGUAGCUGGCUGACAACAGCUGGAGCAAACUAAAAUAAUAAACUAGCUCCGUCUUUCAUUGAAACACUCAAGAUGACUACUGCGCCUUCUCUUUCCAAAACUCCUAAUUUAGCAACAUGGCAGAAUUUUAUCUUAAACCAAUGUGAUUCUUUUCAUUUUUUGUUCUGGGGGACGUUGGUGGCGGUAACUUCAUUAAUUUGUUCUUUCUUCAGGCUUGUAUGUUUAGUUGAGUAGCCGGGCAAGCCUGCCUUAUAAUUUAAGCCAUCUCCUUUCAUUAAAUGUUUCUCUUACUGUGAGACUUAAAAAGCAACUUAGUGGCAGAAAGUAAUGUUGUACUUAUAAUUCUGUACAGAAAUGACGAGCUGAAUAUAAGAUUUUACAAAGUAGACAUCCACCUGCAAAAUGUCUGGAUGUAAUAUGUUAAAGCGCAAUGUGCAAAAUUUAAGAAUAAAGAAUAUUUAUUAAUACGCAUAGUA